UCUCUCGUGACCGACCAGAUCGUCUGAGACCUUCCAAGUCGCUCCAGGACCUUCCAAAUCCUUCAAAGUUUGGCUACAACCAGCUUUUUCGAGUCACUCCAGGGGCUUACGACUCUCCAACCCACCGGGAGGAUCUGCGGCCUUCCGAAAUUUACCGAGACCUUCGAAGUCUCCUCGGGACCUUCUGUGUGUCUGAAGGCACAGCCAUCACGAUGGAGGCCAGUCGUCCGGAGGACCAACCUCACUACAGGUUGAAGAGGACAAAGAGAGAAUGGAGACCACUGGAGGAUCGAAGCUGCACUGACCUGCCCUGGUUCCUGCUCUUCAUCAUCUUCUGUGUCGGCAUGGGCAGCGUGUGCGCCUUCACGGUGGUGUCGGGGGGCGCGGCCCGGCUGGUCCUGGGCUACGACAGCUACGGCAACACGUGCGGACAACGGAACCCACCCUUGGAGGGCGUCCGGCUCAGUGGUCUGGACCACACGGAAAGGAAGUUCGUCUUCUUCUUGGAUCCUUGCAACAUCGACAUCGUUCAGAGGAAGAUGAAAUCAGUGGCGCUCUGCGUGGCCCUCUGCCCCCCGCACGUCCUCCACACGUACAAUGACCUCACGACGUUUGCCACGCUCAAUGGUUCCGAGUUGUGUUCCUACGAGUUAGCGGGUCACAAGUACCCCAGUCUACCCGAGAGGUUCACCAAGUGUCCCAAACUACCUGUCCCGCCUAGCAAGCCUUUGCCGCUCUUCAACCGCUGCACGCCCGUGGACAUCUCGUGUUACUCCAAGUUCGCCGAAGCCGUGGUGACCUUCGUCGGCGACGACUCCUUCCUACACCGAGUCAUCGCCGGCGUGGCGGCCAGCAAAGAAGUCAUCGUAGGACUUUGUCUCCUUGCGCUGGUGUUGUCGAUGACGCUGACGGUGAUCAUUCGCUACAUCUCGGCGGUACUGGUGUGGAUCCUCACCUCGGUGGCGGUGCUCGGCUCUCUAGCGGGGACCAGCAUCCUGUGGUGGUUCUACGUGGACCACCGUCUCCACAGAAACGACACAAACGCCGAGCCGGCCGAAGAGGAAGAACCGGGUCAGGACGACGACCAGACGCUGCUGGUCUACGCCAUCGCCGCCUCUGUCUUCACGGUGAUCCUACUGCUGUUGAUGCUGUUCAUGAGGAAGCGCGUGGCACUUGCCAUCGCCUUGUUCCACGUGGCCGGAAAAGUUUUCAUCCACCUGCCGCUGCUGGUGCUGCAGCCCUUCGUGACCUUCCUCGUGCUGCUCCUCUUCUGGAUCUACUGGGUCCUCGUUCUGCUCUUCCUGGGAACCAGCGGGGAGGUGGUGCACAAUGAGGAGUCGGGCCUGACCGAGUUCCGUCUGACGGGUCGCUUGGAGUACCUGACGUGGUUCCACGCCGUGGGCCUGCUGUGGAUCACCGAGUUCAUCUUGGCCUGCCAGCAGAUGACGGUGGCGGGCGCCGUGGUCACUUACUAUUUCACCAGGGACAAGAAGCGCCUUCCGGCGUGGCCCAUCGUGCGUGCGGCCUUGCGGCUGCUGAGGUAUCACGUGGGCACGGUGGCCAAAGGCUCCUUCAUCAUCACGCUGGUCAAGAUCCCCAGACUCCUCCUCAUCUACGUGCACAAGCAGCUCAAAGGGAAGGAGAACGCGUGCGCUCGCUGCGCGCUCAAGUCGUGCAUCUGCUGCUUGUGGUGUUUGGAGAAGUGCCUCAAUUAUCUCAAUCAGAACGCGUACGCAGCCACGGCCAUCAACAGUACGGGCUUCUGCACGUCGGCGCGAGACGCUUUUGUCCUGCUGGUGGAGAACGCCCUGCGAGUGGCCACGGUCAACGCCAUAGGGGACUUUGUGCUCUUCCUGGGGAAGAUCCUGAUCGUCACCACCACGGCGUUCGCCGGCGUGGUGCUGCUCAAUGCGCGGCGGGAUUACGCCGAGUGGGUGCUGCCCCUGGUCAUCGUUUGUCUGUUCGCCUUCCUGGUGGCGCACUGCUUCCUGUCUGUCUUCGAGAUGGUGGUAGACGUACUCUUCCUUUGCUUCGCCAUCGACACCAAGUACAACGACGGCACGCCGGGAAAGGAGUUCUUCAUGGACAAAGCUCUCAUGGAACUGGUGGAGCGCAGCCGGCGCACCGAGCGGGUGGUUGGCCGGGGGCGGAGCCGAGUCAAGGAGGCGCCGUCGGAGGGGGCGGAGAUGAAACCCAUGGCUCCCGGGACGAGUUCGGCUUGACCAAUGGAAAAGCAGCCAGUGGGACUUGUUGAAAGAAAAAAAUUAUUUUUUAGCAACGUGUAACUUGUUUACUGUCUUUUCACUCCAGGAAAACAAUAUUUUAAUAACAAUAAGUCGACGUAACAAGCACUUUAUAAGGAAGCACUGCUCCUUUGUUCUUGGUUUGAUCCUUCUUUUGUGAGACUGACGUAUCUUCACUUCAAGGACACUUGUUGGUUUGUUUGUAUUUUCUUGAUUUGGACAUCGAGACGCUUAACCAUCUGACUGACGAUGAUGAUGUCAUCGGGGACUCCGGUUGCGACGCAAAUGUGAUGAGUGGCGGGGGCGACGGCAAUAAAAAAAACUAAAAAAGGCUUCCUAUUGGAGACGCUAACUUCUCAGGAAGUUCAAGUGUUACCAGGAAGUGCCGUCGUUUGUGCUGAUGACGCUCGCUAGUGAUCGUAAGACAACCACCAACAAACGGGACAGGAAGUUCAACUUCUUCGGAUCACUCCACCUGUAAAAGCGGAACCCUUCUACAGCGUCCACUUUCGAUUUGACGCCAGGAUCGUUGAAAACAUUUGACGAGGCCAUGUGCUGGUUGGCAAAAUUGUGACAUCACAGCACACUCCCAACAGGUCGGCAGGAAACAGGCAUGCUGUCAUCUUCGUCGUCAUGGCCGUCGUGGAAGUCAUGUGACUCGAGCGAGCGUUUUGGCUCACUCAACUUUUCUGUUCCUGGAGGUUUUUUUGAUAUUUAUGCUUUCUUAUAUUCUGUUUUUUUUUGUUUUUUUUUUUAAGAAAAAUAGUCGAAUAAAAAUCAUCACCCGUG